CAAAAAAUUCGUCCCUUUCCCGUGCAUACUUCAUGUCACGUUCGGAAUAGCCUAGUGCACGUAGCCAAUCAUGAAACGGCAGAUGACCUCACGUGCUGAUCACGUGCAGAGUGGCCUUUUUCAAAAAGGAUGAUAAAGAAGGAAAAAGGAAGAGACUGCAUGCGGAGCAGUAAGUCAGCACACGGAUGAUUGCUUAGGGAUCUUGAUAUGGAGAACUUCCCUGGGUUUCGGUUUCAUCCGACGGACGAGGAGCUCGUAAACUACUACCUGAAGAAGAAAAUCGACGGUCAGGAGAAGAGCGUGGAGGUGAUCUCCGAGGUGGACAUCUAUAAAUUCGAGCCUUGGGAUUUGCCUGCCAAAUCCAUUAUUCAGACAGUGGACCAUCGGUGGUUCUUCUUUACUCCUCGUGGCAAGAAAUACCCGAAGGGCUCGAAAACUAACAGGGCUACAGAAGCUGGUUAUUGGAAAGCAACUGGAAAAGAGCGAGCCAUAAAAUCAGGUUCCAGUUUAAUCGGUAUGAAGAGGACUCUAGUGUUCCAUAAAGGCCGUGCUCCAAAAGGGCAGAGAACGGACUGGGUAAUGCAUGAAUAUUGUGUGAAAGGCAAUCAGCUCGAUGGACCUAAGGAUACCUUUGUCCUUUGUCGCCUUUGGAAUAAGCAAGAAAAUAGUGGUCCAGACCAUGAGUUAGUCAAUGAAAGCGGCCUAUUAUCCCCAGAUACUGGGGCUACACAUCCUGCUGCUGCCCAAUCUGGUGACAACAGGCAGCAUUCACAGAUGAAAGUGCAUGAGGAUCAGAAGGGAAUGAAAUGCUCCUUCUGGAAGCCGAGCAAUGGUCUGGAUUUUGCAUCUGUUGAAUGGGCUGUUGAUAAAGCUGAAUCUGUUCAAGCAGAACCUAAUAAAAGAUAUUCUACACAGCUAGGCUCCAAGAUCAGUGAUCAGGACAGGGAAACAGGUCAUGUAGAGGAGUGUUUUGCUGACAUAAUGGAAGACGACAUCGUCAAUCUCAAAGACUUCUCAUACCCAAUGGAAGAUGAUAUUUUCAGUCAGGAUGAAUUCUCACAAUGUGGAAAUUCAAUCCCAUCACCAGUUGUUGAUGAGAAGAGCGGAAUAGAGAGAGAGAUUAGACAGCCAACACACAUGAGCAUGCCACGGGUGCUUCCUUAUCAGGGCACAGCGAAUAGGAGGAUUAGAUUGGAGACGAAGCAUCUGAAGCAUCGGCAUACAAAGAUGACAGGAGUUGGCAAUGAUAUUUCUAUUGGAGUUGUAAUCCAGCAAGAUUCAGCAUUGCUUGGACAAGGCCUGAAAAGAAAAUUACUAUGGAUGGUUGAUUCUCCUCGCUCCAUGUUCAGAGUUCUAUUGUACAUGGCUUUGUUGGUUACACUUAUUUUGUUGCUUAGAUUGAUCUUGAAUUUCACAAGGUACACGUCGACCAUCAUGUUGUAAAGAUAUGGUAAUGAAAUGUAAAUAUUAGGUUGGAGUGCUUCCUUCAGCACCCAGUUUGAGCAGUGGAGUGCUGAAAUUGAUACAUAGUGAGUUACAAAAACGUUGAUUUUCAACAAAUGCUAAGUAAAUCUGAACAUGAGGAAGAGCCUAUUACAGGUA